GCAGCAGUCGUCGACUUUUUAAAUUUUUGUUUGUGGGUGGGGGUCAUUUCCGUGGCGGAGCACAUCAAAUUUCUGCAGACUGAAAUUGGCCUCCGCAGCCUCGUGCUCAGUCUCGUAGAGAAGAGCAGCAGCAGCAGCAGGACGACGACGACGUAGAAGAAGAAGGAGGCGCGAAUGAAUGCGGAUUUGCUGAGCACGAAGCCGAGGCCGUAGCAGGAUCGAGAUUCCCCGCAACAUCGCUCAUGUGGCUUUUCCCGGGCGAAAUCGGCGAGAGCUACUGGUGGUGGUCGUGGUGGCAGGAACAAAACAUCGCAGCCUCGGGUCAAUUGGCGGCGCGGUGCUCCGGGCUUCAUGUACUCGUUCCAGGAACAGUUCAUGGCGGCAGGACUAUGGAAAGACACCUUCCUUCUCUCGCUUCGGACGCCCGCCUUCGCGAACAUGGAAAUCAUCGUUGUGGGCCGUGAGCAGCGCCGGCUCUGAGCGAUGGUUCUGCCUCUGGUGAAGAACGGAGAAGACAGGUCUCUCGUGCGAGCAAGCGAGGGGUUGGUGACCACGACGAGAAAAGUAGCCGCUCUCGAUUACCCCUCCUCUGCCUCUAGCUCCACGAAUUCUCGCCCAGGCGAGCUCGCAAUCGAUCACCGCGCCCGUACAGGAGCACUCGUGCUGCGGCUGCGUCUUCCGACCACACGAAUUCGAGCUCGGACGGGAUUGUGAGCAACGAGAGAGGGGCCGAUUGCGUUGCAGCCCCCCCCGUGGAAUCUGGGUCUGGUCGGGCAUCUGCUGACAACAGAUGCAUGGCGAGUGACCAUGCAGUACUACCAAGUGAACACCUGCGGGGAGUCUGAGCAGCUUGCCCUGGCGAAUUCCGAAAAGCCGGACAAUGUGUACCCCGGACCAUGCCAGUGUCAAAGCGAGGCUCCGGAGAAUUAUGCCUGUCUGCCGCCUUUGAGACGCGAGGAUCAAGGGAAGAAAACUCUGGUGCUGGAUCUCGACGAGACUCUCGUGCAUUCGUCUUUCAGACCCGUGCCCCAUUAUGACUUCAACAUUCAGGUGGAGGUGGAGAACAAGAUGUGCAACGUGUUCGUGAUCAAGAGGCCCGGAGUGGAUCGGUUCUUGCAGGCCGUGUCGAAAUUGUUUGAGGUCGUUGUGUUCACCGCCAGCCUGCGCAAGUAUGCGGAUCCCCUGCUUGAUAUUCUGGACCCUCAGAACUACAUCCGCUACCGCCGCUACAGAGAGUCCUGCCGCUCAAUUGACGGAGGCCUGGUCAAGGACUUGUCUAUGCUCGGACGGGACCUCUCACGAGUUAUCAUCAUCGACAAUAGUCCUCAUUCCUACAGCCUGCAACCGGCCAAUGCAAUUCCCAUCGGCACAUUCAUCGACGACAUGAGAGACAGGCAGCUCGUGGACCUCUUGCCGGAUCUAGAAAUGCUCGCCCAGGUCGAGUGCUAUCCUAAUUGCCAUCAAGCGAGCUGCAGUUGACAGGAAUCGCUCCCCGGACAUCGAAAGACAGACAGGCAGACUCGGAGCUAGGUUGUGGUGGUACGGUAGUCAGUCUCCGGUGGAGGAACCGUCCUCCGUCUGUGCGCGAACACUCGUGGAUUGGAAGGAGGACUCUGAGUUUUCUCUCGGUGAAUCCUCCUACAGUUGCGUUUCCUGUCCAUAGAUCCAUCUUCACAAUUCCUUUUGAAGCUUGAUUAGCACACAUCUUGUGGGAGGCUUCUCUUGAUUGAUGUAGCAAUUGCUCUUCCGCACAUCGGGUGUGUGGUUCAGUCUCAGUGGGAUCUCUCUUUUCAAUAGGCCCCAAAUUCAUUCUUGAAUAAUUUAGGGUACGUACGUAGGAGCUGACGCAGCUAGCUCCUGCCCCGGUAGCAAUCGAGUCUGGCUUGUAAAUACUCAUCCCGGAUUUUUUCUUCGUCAUUAUGAGCAGUCGGUGGAUUAUAGUAUUCUGGAAUUGUGCUGCAUCCUGUUUGUGCGGCGCUAUCUUUAGUAUCGAAUUUGAAACAGAGGUGUAGUGUUUGUUCGUGGAGAUGCAGUUGGAAAUUGCCCAUUGCCUCCUCCUCGGCACCACCAGCCUGCAUUGGCAUUUUUUCGCCCUGGUCCUCCCUCUUCCCAGGUUGAGUAAAGAGAAUGCGCUCUAGCACCACAGGUGCUAUUCCUCACCUGAAAAAUCAGAAGCGAAUGCCGCCAUGUGGGGUGACCCCUUUGUCGUGACUUCCACUUUUGCUUUCAACAUAUCUCUAUCCAUCUACCUGUUCAUGUCGACCAGAAGAAAGGAAGCACGAAUUCAUGGUCCAUGUGUCGUUGAAUAGGAAACAGAAUAUGCUCAUGCACUUAAACUCUGAUCUGCUUCAGCGUAGAGUGCAAGGCCGAAGAUAGGAAAUUCACAAAAUCUUUGCAAAUAGACUAUUCUACGACUCGGGGCUUAGAGAGCUUUAGACUGCGUGGGUCCGAAUCAUCUGACCUGAGUCCAGUAGCUAUCAUGUAACGCUCGCAAAUGUGCUUCUGCUUACAGAGUCUAUCUACAUCGUCCGGGACUCUUGGCAGACUGGGAAAGAAAGUCAACCGGAGCGGAGGUCGUGAUUAUCUCCCCCCAUGCACAAACUCUCAGCACCGCCGAAUGUGAUAUGCCGUUCCGAAAUCUGGUGCGUGGGGUGUACGCCCUCCGCGAAGGGGGUUCGAGUGGACUCGAUCGAUGCUCGCACGGCCGCCAAUGUGGACAAUUCUGGGUCCUCCCUCGCCGAAGGGAGAGGACAGGAGAUCAGCGAGAACUUCACGUAAUCCUGGAGAAUAUUCUUUCAGUGCAUGAACCACGACCGAGCAUCUACAGGACUAUAAUGAAUCCCACUCCAGGUGGACGUUCUUCAAUCAUAUUCUGUGUCCAUCCAUCCUUCCGUCCGUCCUGUCCUGUCCUGCACCCCUGCAAUGGCGGCACCAUCUGAACGAAUUUGGGCAGCUGCUCAGUGGGGAAUGUGGACUGCCCCGUAGAUGUCUCAGUCGUAUCCCUGUACGUACAUAAUGGUACCAAUUCUACCUAGUGCUGCCCACAGAGGGAUACCAAUUCUAGAUCAUCAGCAGCAGCUUACAUGCUCCCGCGUGUGGCACUGUGCGCUGUGACGACAAGGUCUCAAUCAAAGGAUCCAGUGCUCUUGACCGACAUGAGGGUCCUGCAAACCAUGAUUGCCAGUGGAGUGGACGAAGGCUCUGCCGACUUCGUCAAUCGAGACGGACGCGCGAGGCAGCUUCCAUCUUCGGCGUAACAAGACAAGAAGUUGUGUCAUGGAAGUCUUAAUAAUCAAAUGCGAGGAGGUUGAAACUGUAUUCCUGCAGUUCAGUGCUGCAAUGCAAAUGUAAACAAUGGUUCUUGAAUCUUGACUUUCUGUU